AUAUAUCACGCCCUAAUCUCGUGGAUUUAGGUGCUAUUCGAAAUCUAGAAAGAUUUAAUACUUAAAGAUUAAUCACAUCCUAUCAAAACAGUGAUUCCAGUAAUCUUCAAAUUGUGGUUCUUAUAGCUACUACUAUUCAAUUUAUACAUACGUGUAGAAAAUCUAAUAAAUUGUACUUGAAAUUUUGAAUUGAUGUCGAAGUAGAUAAACGAUAUCUGAAACAGUAUCAUACUGAUUGCAGUAGUAUCUGAUGAUAAAAAAUUCAACCGCAGUCUUAGCGAGAACUAGAAACAAUGCAGUUUGUUUAAAAUGGGGGGUAAGCAAUCGAAAAAAACGAGCGAACAAUCUACGCUAGAUCUUCUUAAAAUAGUUGGUGACAGUGUACAAAAUGUAAAUAGUAAUGUAUAUAGUAUCGGAAAUUUAAAUGAUAGUGGUAAAAAUGGUACCGUGAAUUUAAAUAAGUUAGAUAGACAACAUAUCGAAUACAUUAAACAAGAUUUACGUGAUACACCUGAACUAUUUGUAUUAAAUAACAUGAUUAUGGCUGUGAUGUUUUUUGAGGAUUAUAACAAAUGUAAAGACAACUUGUUACAAAAUAAAUUGAGAAAUCCAGAAGAUUUCAUAACGCCUGAUGAUAUGUUUGAAAUUGUCAACGAGAAUACGAUAUUUCGUCCUCACCAUGGUCCAAAAAAAUUUGAAUCUGAGCCUUUGAUUCCCAAAAGAAUAUUUAUGCCCAACAAUACAGUAAGGGUAUUAGGAUCAACAGAAGAUGCAGUAGAAGAAAAUAAUGAUGAAGCCGUCGUUAGAAUAGAAGAAUCUCAAAGAAAAGGUUACAUCAAAUUAAGGGAACUGAAAAAAACAAACAUUAGAGAUAGUGGUUCUCCUAUACUUCCUUUAGAUUCAAUAGAAAGCAAUUCUAGGAGUUCCUCCGCUUCUUCAGAAACGGCAUACACGACUAUUUCGAAUCUUAAAACUCCCAAACCCAUGGAUAUAAAUGCAGCUCUAGAAAAACAAGCUUCACAAUCGACUGCUUUUCCUAGAUCCUGUUUUUCUUACCGAAAAAUUAAGAAGAUUUCUUGGGAUCCCGAUGAACUUAAAGGUGAAAAUAUAUCUGAAGAUGACUUAUUUGAAAUAGUGUCAUACAUAAAUUCGAAAAACUUUAUGACGCAUAUUCAGAAUGAACCAAUUUUAAACGAAGUCGCCUCAAAAUUAGGUGUCGAUUUAGAAGACAUAUGCGAAGCAAAAGUGAUUCAAGAAAAAAUUUAUUGUAACGUUAGUAUAGAAGAAAAAUACAUCCCGUGCGAAAUAAUGCCUUGUAUUAAAGCAAAAUGGCCUUUGGAGCAAACCUUAACUUUUCUCAGUAAAGGAGAACGCGAUGCCGAACCGAGGCAAAGAUUUGUUUUCCCAACAUCGUAUAUGAUUGAAGAAAUUAAAACUUUAGAUUGUGUCUUAUUACCUAAAGGAUACAUAGAAACAAAAGGGAAACGCAACGACGUGGAUAUAUCAUGGGAAUUAUGCUUUCCACAAGCACAAAAAUAUUUAGAAACGUGCAUGUCACAUUCGCAAAUCAAAAGUUUGUUACUUCUCAUAACUCUUCACAAGACUUUUAUCGAACCUAAAACUAAACAUUUAGGGUUGACGGUGGAUCAUAUUCGAAAUUUUCUACUUUUAGAAUGCGAAUCAAAUUGUAGUGAUUGGCCUGAACAUAGAUUGGGUAGUAAACUAAUUAAAGUUAUUAAAAGACUGAAUAGUCACCUCUCCAAAGCUCAUCCACACAUUCCCGACUUCUUCGUUUCCGGUAAAAAUAUACUCAACGACGUAGCAAAUAGAGAAAUUAGAAAAUCUCAUAAGGUUUUAGAUGAAAUUCUACAAGCACCUGUUAUGCACUUUAUGAUUGCCCUGAGAAAUAUUCGAUACACCAACGGCAAAACCUUUUAUCCUCCUCUAAAUUUUAAAAAUCUCUACGAUAUUUUAGUAAAAACUGGCAUAGAACACUCCAAUCCACAACUCGUUGCUAAAACCAUCAAAAAACCAAAAUAUUCCGAUCCCGAAAUGACAUUUUUAAUGUUCAAAGACGCUAAAAAGAGGAGAACAAUUUUAAAACAAAGGAUUGAGCAAGAGGAAAUGGAAGAGAGGAGGAAAAAAGAAGCGGAGGAUAAGCGAAGGGGAUCUAUUGACUCGAUAAACGUCGAAUGGACAUGUGAAAAAGAUUUUGACAUACACAAGAAAAGAGCCUUGAUACUAUUUUUCAUAAACACCUUCCUGGGCAUAGCAAAAAAAGGUUUGAAGUUGUCGAAGAUGAGGGCGAAAUUUUAUCUUAAACAAGCGUAUUAUUUAGCGAAAAUUUUAGAAGAACAGUGUCCAGCGUUCACCGACGACGUGAAAGAUCAUUUGAAAACCAUAAAUGAACUGGAAAAACAAUGUGUUAGUAAUUACGGACAUAAGGAAGACUUAAAUAGUAUAAGACCAUUUAACAAAAAAGUACCAAUAACAAAUAUCACGAAUACUAAAAAGAUUACUGCUAUUAAUGAGGGUAAGACAAGGAAAAGUGUAACAUUUAUAGAAAAUCACAAAAAAUCAACGUGACUAACCUCAACUUUAAAAUUCAUUGAAUACAAACUUUUGAAAAGUAGCACUGUUCACAAGUAUACCGAGUUGUAGUCAAAACCGACUAGUCGUAACCAAAUCAUACGAACCAAUUCAAAAUUUUAUUUUACCGAGAACAAUCUUAGUUUACCCAGUUGCGUCGUGGAUUUCUCUCCUUUCAAUCAAGAUAGUUUUGGCAUGACUAGCUUGGCCAAGAGAUCAGAUUCAUUCACCAGCUGGGUGCAACUCAAAUCAUUCAUUCUCCAACUAUUUUCCAUUGUUGGCGACGAGAUUAGGAUGCUUUUCUAUCCAACAACUCUUGUAUCCAUCAAGCUCUCUAAGUGUAAAAGAGUCCAGACAAUAAUUCAUCUGGGAAUUCAAGACGUUCAUUCGGCUCUAUUACUGAAAAAUUUGGAUAGCUAAUGAUGUGGCACACCAACCGCUUGGAACCGAAGAAAUUUUUGACGUGAAUGUGAUGUUAUUCUACUAAGUAAGAAAGCACGUAUACCAUCAAGCGCUAGUUUUUAAGUAUUCGUUUCCCCAAUAGCUACCACAAGGUUUGCGACGUGAUUGGGAUGUUGUUCUACCCAAUAGCUAAGCACGUCGUUCACGUGUUUGUUUCCCCAAAGAGAAAAAGAGAACCCAGACAAGAACUCAUCUGGGAAUCGGAAACUUUUGGUAAUUCUGCGCUAUAAGAAAAUUUUAGUAAUUCAACUCUAUGGUUGAGAUAGAUUCAGGUAGCAAUUUGAAGCGCCACAACAAUUGGUUGAUUAGCCAAGAAACAUGCCACAGAAAAUGUCCUGUGGUAUUUCGCUGAAUGCUGAUGACCGUUUCAUGGUCCUCCCCGAUAUCAGAAGAUGGUGCGCCGGUUGGCAACGUCAUCAAGCUUACACCCCCUGAUAUUUAAGAUAUUUUGUUGGCCAUAUCUACCGGGUGGAAGACUAUUAUAAAUAACAGUUCCAGUGAAUGAAGUUAUGUCCAAUUGUAGAUGUUUAGCAUUAGUCAGUGAUGCGCGAUAGUAGGUUUUGAGUAAAAUACAAAAAUAAAUUGUGUAUACGUGUGUGCAGAUCACGUGUUCUCAUACAAUCCACCCGUAAGGUCACAAUUUCACUAUUGCUUUUUGUCAUUUAUGUCACACUAUUUUGUAAUAAUGAAAAAACAAGAACUAUUAGGUAGAUAAGGCGUUGACUCAGGAACACGGAACUAAAAAUGACGUUUCGAAUGAAUCCAGAAUAACCAUUUUGAAAGUGUGUAUGAACUAUCUCGGAAUCAAAAUCAUGAACGAAACUAAUUUUUUGAAAUAUUUCACAUCUUACAAGUUGUAAAAUUGGUCAUUUUUUUAGUUUUUUUUUAACAAUAAUAAUUCGAUCAUUUUCAUUUUGUUGUAAAUAUGUUAUCAUUUUCAUUAAUAUAAUCUUUUUCUACGA